AUUAAGAAUCGCAAAAGAGAAAAAAGGACUCCAUAUCUGGGAUUUGGGGAGGUCUUCAGGUCCUUUUCUCCCUUUUGCCUUCCCGCUAGAAGCAAAUUCGGCGGCUGGGAGACGACGUGCGUAAUUAUCAUCAUUCGGAAGAAUUUUCUGGGCUUCACCGCCCGCUGGCCGUUGAAAUCCAUGAUCGGCAGCGCCCUAUGGACCCCUCUCAACAGCUCACUCAUCCUCCGAUCAAUGAUGAAGAAGAUGAAUGGGACACGGAUGGAUUCGUAAUUCCAAGCUUGGGAAUAGAGAGCAGAGAUCAAACUACACAGAAUGAUUUAGAAGUAGAAGUCUCAAAACCUCCUUCGCCAAAGCAGGGUCAGAAGGAAGAACAGAUUUACUUAGGCCCACACGGUGCACCACCUUCACAAGCAAAGCAGCAGCAAGAAGUGAACGCAUCCAGCCGCAAACAAAGGUUUAAGCAGAAGCUGAAGGACGCUGAUAAGAGGAUCAGCGGAACAGGGCGGGAGAACAAGUUGGAGAAUCUCCGGGAACUAGUUGGUGGUGGUGGAGGGAAAACAGGCACCAAGAUGCAGCAGAAGAACUCUACUCCGAAGGAAUGGCUGGACCCGCAUUGCCAUGAAUCCCAGUUUGAGAAGUGGCACCCCCAGUGAGCUCUGGCCUCUGGUUAGUCGAUAAGUAAAAACCAAGCAUACUCUACACUCUACAACAGUUUGGCUGCGGUCUUUCUUAACUUGGCGUCUGGUUUUUUUUUUUUUUUUUUUUUGAAAAUUUACGCAAUCUGUUGGAAACAUAUGCCUGUCCAGGCCAUGCUUGUCAGCAAUAAUAGACCAGUUGAUGCUGGCUUUUGUCCAAUUCUAUCGUCACCGGCUAGGCGUCCCUCUUUUUAUGGGGUACAAUCUAUUUUUGUUGUUAGCCACAACAACAGAUCUGCGCGUUCUGGGCAGCUUGUUACUCGUCGCAAGAAUGGGAGCUUUUGCAGCUCUGUCUGCAACGAAGGGAGAAAGGGUUGCGCCGAGUGGAGAUGGCCGAAGCUAGAGCUGUGGCUCGGAAUCGAAGAAGCACUUAAUCAGUGGUUUCUCGCCGUUGUUGGUGGAGUAUGAUUGCUUACCACUGAUUUAGAAACUGUCGAAGAUUGAUGAUGAUCGGAGGGGAUUGGAUUUCCUCUGUGAGAAGGUAAGGUUGCAGGGAAGAGCUGGUUUGGUUAAUGGUUACGGGUUGGAGUUUCAUUCGCGGAGAAGGAACUGUAACGGCUCACGCUUUCGCUCACCUUGAAACUGGCUGGGGACGAACUGUUUCAUAGGCCCGAUCGACCGCCAAUUCAUCUCUUAGGGCUUCUGGCCCGUAAUGGCUGCAGCUAAUUGAUCAGCCUGUUUUUGCCCUGUUGUUUUCUAUCAGUUUAUCUU